AUUCUGCGUCGAUUCGCGCACACGGAUGUGCGAUUCCCAAACUUCGAUGAGUAUCGUCACGAUGCCACACUUGACUGCAAAAAAGCGGCAAGAGAAACUGAAGAUGAACGCAGAGUGGUUCCACAAAUGAUCUAUUACGGAGUAGGAGGAAUGUUGGCAUUGAUGACCGCCAAGGAGUCCGUGCAAAAAAUGGUUGCUUUCAAAGGUAUGGCCUGUGAUCAGGUGGCACAGGCUUUUACCAUUGUGAACAUGGAUGAAAUACCCGAGGGACAGACGAAAACGUAUGAAUGGCAAGGAAAACCAGUGUUUGUCAAGCACCGAACAGCACAUGAGAUCGAAGAAAUGAAAGCGAUUAAUAUAAGCCAAUUGAGGCAUCCGGAGUCUGAUAGUCAACGAGUGAAACGAGCUGAAUGGCUGGUUGUAGUUGGUGUUUGUACACAUCUCGGAUGUGUUCCGAGUCGUAAGUUUUAG